AACAGAGAUUGAAAUUGUUGGCUGGAAAGUGAGACCCAAGUCGGAGACGGGGUCAAUUCCACUGCGUGUCUCUCUUCGUAUAAAUAAAUAAUAGAUUAACUAGUGGGCUAGAGUCAGAGAUGGACAUAAAUUGAGGGAGAUCGUGGGGGAAGCAAACGAAGGGGAGGCAAGUAGCUUCUGGGGUGGUGAAAACUGCACGCGGCUCCCUGCAAUAGCAUCGAUUUCAGUUCAAUUUUCACACUCCGAACUAUUAUUUUCUUCUUUGUAUUUUUUUCCCAUCUCAAAGAGGAGGGGAGUGUGUGAAUCAGAUAGAUGGCUAUGAAUCAAUCACGGGUAUCUUGUAGUCCAGUUCUGUUGAAGAUGGGUUUAGGGGUGGUGGCGCUUUGCAUCGCCGGCUACAUUCUGGGUCCUCCUCUGUACUGGCAUUUCAUGGAAGGUGUUGCUGCACUGAAGCACUCCUCUUCCACUUGUGCGCCCUGCGUCUGCGAUUGCUCCUCUGAACCCGCCCUCUCCAUACCCCAAGGGCUUAGCAAUGCUUCAUUUGGAGAUUGUGCAAAGCAUGAUCCAGAGGUGAGUGGAGACACGGAAAAGAACUUUGCGGAGUUAUUGUCAGAAGAGCUAAAAUUACGAGAAACUGAAGCUCUGGAAAGUCACCGACGUGCUGACAUGGCUCUGCUUGAGGCUAAGAAAAUUACAUCUCAAUAUCAAAAAGAAGCAGACAAGUGUAAUUCAGGGAUGGAGACAUGCGAGGAUGCCAGGGAGAAAGCUGAGGCAGCAUUAGCGGCACAAAAGAAGUUGACAGUGUUGUGGGAACUGAGGGCUCGUCAGAAGGGAUGGAAAGAAGGGAUCUCCAAGUCUAACGACCAGUCUCAGGGAAAAGUACAGACUGCUUAGAAACAUUACAUGGUCUUCAAUGGAAUGAUUGUUGCAUACUAGCUUUUCCGCUACGAGAUUAGUUACAAGUCUUGAUAGAUUCCAUAUACAAGCAAGCUCCUCGUAAAUGUCAAGUGUGAGAAGCUUGUGCUGAUGUUUUUCGGUUACUUCUGCUCCUCUGGAUGUUGUGAGCUGGAAAUUGUUAAAAAGGUGGGAUGAAAGGGUACUACGUCGUAAGUAUACUUAUAAGUUAUUAUAACUUCUUUUUUAUUUCUGAAGUCCCCUUUAUUGGCUACUGGUUCAAAUAAGUAAAUAACCGUGUACUCAUUCAUUCAAGAAUAGGAAAUUGAAGCUGGUUUUGAAACUGCAA